AUGGGCUUUGAUGAUCUGCUGGAGCAGGUGGACCAGGAGUGGCAGGUGUGUAAUGCCUGUUUCACCCUCAGGUGGGAGGGUUCGGCCAGGUACCAGUGGCUCCAUGUGACUCUGAUCAGUAUACCUGGUUUGAUGAUUGCGAGUCAGAACCUCCUGAACAACUUUGUCUCAGGAAUCCCCGCCCACCACUGCAGCCUGCCGGCCAAUCACAGCAGCCUCUACAACCUGUCUCACUACCAGGUAGACGAGAAGCAGCUUCUGAAAGCGUUCAUCCCUAUGGACUCUUCAGGAACUAGACUGGACCGCUGCAAGAGGUAUGUGGAGCCUCAGUGGCAGCUGUUAGACUACCACUCAGCUAACGUUAGCCAGCUACAGACGGAAGGAUGUUUGGAUGGAUGGACGUUCGAACCGCUCCGAUUUCUCUCCACCACCGUCUCCGAGUGGGAGCUGGUGUGUCCUCUGCGUCCUCUCAAACAAAUGAUUCAGACGAUCUAUAUGGGUGGAGUUUUAGCAGGAGCCAUUAUCUUCGGCGGUCUUUCAGACAGGUUCGGGAGGCGGUCUAUCCUUAUUUGGUCGUACCUGCAGCUCGGCAUUCUGGGUUGUAGCGCUGCCCUCUCUCCUUCAUACUCCGCCUACUGUGUCUUUAGGUUUCUGAGCGGGAUGGCGGUGUCCGGAGUCAUCCUGAACGGAGUCUCACUGAAGGUGGAGUGGAUUCCGACUAAAGAGAGGACGUUAGUGGGAACGCUCACUUCCUUCUUCUUCACCUUCGGUCAGAUGAUUCUGGCGGGACUCGCCUAUUGGCUGAGAGACUGGAGGAAGCUGCAGGUGGUCGUCUGCGCCCCCCAGUUCCUGUUCUUUGCCUACAGCUGGUGGUUCUCGGAGUCGGCCCGUUGGUUGGUUCUGAACCGUCGUUCUGAGGAUGCGUUGAAGUCUCUUCACCGAAUUGCUCACAUCAACGGGAAGAAAGAAAUAAUCGACAAGUUAACACUAGAGGUUCUGAACUCCCACAUGAAGAAGGAAAUGGACUCGAGUCGCUCAACGCACACUGCAUACGACCUGCUGAGGACAAGAGGGAUGAGACGCAUCUCCAUCUGCCUGCUGGUCGUGUGGUUCGCCACCAGUUUUGCGUACUACGGUUUGGCAAUGGACCUGCAGAAGUUCGGGGUGGGUAUCUAUCAGAUCCAGCUCAUCUUCGGAGCCGUGGACUUUCCCGCCAAAUUGAUGGCUCUGGGCAUGCUCAGUUACCUCGGGAGGAGGGUCUCUCAAGCCACCUGCCUCUUCCUGUCAGCCCUCAUCAUCUUUGCCAACAUCUUCGUCCCGACAAACAUGCAGACCAUCAGGACCACGCUGGCCUGUCUCGGUAAAGGUUUCACCUCGGCCUCCUUCACCACCAUCUACCUGUACACCGGAGAGCUGUACCCGACCAUCAUCAGGCAGACGGGGAUGGGCUUCGUGUCCACCAUGGCGAGAGUUGGCAGCAUGGCGGCUCCCGCUGUCCUCAUCCUGGACGAGGUGACGUCACUGAUCCAAACCUUAAAUAUUGAAUAAGAUCAUCCAUCCAUCCGUCCAUCCAUCCAUCAUCUACCGCUUAUCUGCGGUCGGGUCGCAGGGG